AUGGACAUUCAGGCUCCGCCAAUACGGUACCCAACUCCUCGCAUAAGCACCAGCGAACCUGACAACAAUGAUAACGACAACGAUAAUGAUUCCACCUUUCGGGCAUCUGACGAUUCGACCUUGGCAGGCAGUAUACCUCCCAGCCCACAACAGCCUCCGGCAUACGGCGCCGAACGAGCACCGCCGCAGUACCAGGACCAGGGAGAAGAUGACCCCGAUGAUGUCAAAGCCAGAAGGAAGGUUAGACGAACGCUUUGCAUACGACUUAUGACCUCCAUCUUCAUCACUGUUCUCGUGUCACUGAUAGUUGCGGCUGUUGUGGCGAGAAUACAUGACAGCAAUAUCAACACUGAUUGGGGCAGUAAUGAGACUGCCUCGAACAAAACGAAUGGAACCAGUUUCACCAUAACUUCCAGCAAUAAGGCAACGUCAGCGCAGCCGAUCAUGGCUGCCACAACGGCUGCAUUGCAGGAUCUGAAAACUGCUGUGGUAGCACACAAGGCAGAGCCUACCACUGCGUCAGGAAUGCCAACUACUACGACGACUGAUGACAGGGCCGCAGAGACGGUGGAUUGCGCAUCACUAGGCAUCAUUUCGAAUGUUACUCCUGUGACAGAGGUCUCUCCCGCUCCGACGAAGAGUACUUCAAAAAGGCGAAAGCGAAAAGUCCAUCAGCUCGUUGAGGAAGAAGAACAUAUGCUUGGCAUAUCAGUAUAUACCGUCGGCGGAUGUUUGCUGUCUCGGACCUCGUACAAAGACUCUGAGGGUAGUUUGACAUACCAAUGCACGAUGGCAUGUCCCGAGAAGCGAUGGGAGACGAAUCAGGCUCGAGAUGUCGUGGCAGACGAGUGGGGGGCGUGCGGUUAG